UAAGCUGUGUUUGCCAAAUCAAACACCAAACACUCCUCUUUAAAAAACACACACAACCUUCUCCCCUCUCCUCUACUCUAGCAAUAAUUAAUUAAAUACGCUUCUUGCAAAUUAGGCGAAAAUGGCGGCGUCUUCGAGAAGAUACAGUGGACCAGUCCUUCGUUCUCAGUCUCCUUCAGGGAGAUUCUGCUCCCCUGGCUCCAUGUCCUCGUUCGCUUCUUCUUCAUCUUCGGCUUUUUCGUCUCGGCCUUCUCGCUUUCUCCAAAGAUCUACCUCGCCAACGCGAGUUAAUCUCUCCGGCUCUUCUAGCUCCCCGUCGUCAUCGGUCCGGUUCUCGAUGGACCGCUCCGGCUCCCCGAGCAGAUCGAUUUCAGCAACGAGUCGUAGCCAGGUGGUGAACAAAUCGAGCAACGGUGCUCUGAGGAGCCAGAAGAAGCGGACGUGUAUGUGUUCUCCCACGAAUCAUCCCGGCUCGUUCCGGUGCGGUCUUCACAAGAAUUCACCGAGCCAGGCCGGUACGUCGUCGUAUCCGUCAAACAGGCUGAAUGCACGGAGAUCGGCUAUGACGAAUUCGCUGGUGAGAAUUGGGACAGUGGAAGGUGAUUUGGUGAAAAGAGCUCUGGCGGCGUUGAUAAGACCGUCGUCUCAUAGCCAGAAGCGCCGUGGCUCGUUCCAGCCCAGACCUAGCAGGCUCUCGGUUAUGUCCAGAGCUCAAUAAGUGUAGCCUGGGAAGAGAGGACUAUCCAUCUGUGUAUAUAUAUAUUGUAUUAGUUUACACGGUACCGGAACCCUAAAAAGGCCAUUUUCGGCCUAGAGGAUAUUUUGUGUACAUAUAUCAAAUUUACGCUGCUAUGCUAUUAUUGAUUGCAGCAGUAACUGGGAGCUGGUCUCAGGACUUUGAACUUUAUUAACUUGCCUUUGAAUUUUGGUGAA